UAUCACGUUCAGCCGCAGCGUCACUGAUGAGAGAUUUUUAACUUUUAGUUUUCCACAUUUGCGACUUUGACUGUGAUUUAUUUUCCUGUUUUUCUCCACCAACCGACCGAUGGAAAGGACAUCCUGCUAGAUCCACCUGGCGACAUGUCCUGCACACAAAACCUGCGAUCUACCGUCAGUUAACAAAGCGUCUGAGACAGGACUGACACAGAGGAGAAGCAGCCAGCCUCCUCCACUGAUGGCCUUCCUCCAGCAGCUUCGGCUUCUUCUCUGGAAGAAUGGACUGACUGUGAUCAGGCAGCCGGUAUGGUCCCUGACUCUCAUUAUCUGGCCCCUGAUCAUCUUCAUCAUCAUUGCUGUGACCCGCAACCAGUUUCCUCCGAUAGUAAAAGAAACAUGUUAUGUUGGACCCAGGAACCUGCCCAGCACAGGUUUCUUCCCUUUCCUGCAGACCCUCAUGUGCAACACGGACAGCAACUGUCACAACAAGUCUCACCUGGUGGACUCUGCUGCAUCAAAGUCUCAGAAAACUGCAGCCAGGUCAUCACUGCUGACGAAUGGCUCUCCACUGGCAGGCCUGCUUAAAGGGGAUGAUUUUUUGGGGUUUUCGUUCCCCAAAUUUGACAAACAAAAUGAUCCUGUAGCACUGAUCCAGGCCUUCACCAGGAUUGUGGGUUCACCUCAUCAACAAAGUCCUAAAAAUGUCUCCUUCAUCAACACCACUCUUGUGGGAGAUCAGGAGAGCUUCAACAAAAUGCUGGAGUCAGUGAGCGUCUUGAAGAGAGCCAUCUGCACCAUGAUACUUCCCAUGAUAAACACAACCAUGCCUGACCCCCUCACCACUUCUGUGAUCGCUUUCUGCAAGACCAACAACACCGUGUUAGAGGUGUCACUCCACACACUCAACCAGGUGCUGUCGGAGCUGAUGCAGACGAAACCAGACGAGAUGAUGAAGGUGGGCGGGCUGGUGGUGAUGGUGUUCAAUCAGCUGCAGAAUCAGACCUCGCUGUGGGAAAGUCUCCUCGUUCUCCCCCAGCUCUUCUCCAAUGGUUCUUUCGACCAAGGGCUGCGCAACACAGAGGUUCUGCUCACCAACAUACAGGGUGCUCUUCUUGUCAUCCAGAAGAACUUCCCUGAAACCAGUGCCACACUUUCCACCGUGCAUCCAGUGUUUGCUGGAGGCAUCAACGUGAUUCGCUAUAUUCAAAACUGGCCUGGCAAAGUUGUGACCGUUUCCCUCGGAGACGUCGUCACCUUGCAGAAUGACUCAAUUAGUGAGGUGGUGAAAAGUGUUCUACAAGAGGUCGAGAUACCACUGGACCAGGCUAUUGGCCUGACAAUGGACAAGGGAAUGGUGUACUCCUACUUGUGUGACAACAGUAGUAACCCAAUUUGGCUAAAAGCAGCCUGCAGCACGGGCACUGUGAACAUGCUUCUGCAUAGAAUCAGCCCUGACAUGGUGGUAAAGCAGGUUCUCCUGGCCUGGAGUAAGCAUGUUGCUCCACACGAUGUGUCUUUCGCCAAAGGGCUGCUGCACAGUCUGAUUGGAGGUUUAUCCCCAGGAGACCCAGGCGGUUCCAACACCACAAGGAACCGCCGUAGCGUGGAGGGACUGCCACAAAAUAUUGAUGAGGAACUGUUUUUGGCCUUUGGACAAGUGGUGAUGGAUGUUGUAAAACUUGUCCCUGAGCUUGACAUGGUUAUCCAGAGCUUCCUCAGAACUGGCUUUCAGUCCAUAAUGACAGCAACACUGGCCCUGGACACUGUGGAAGAAAUGUUGGACAAUAUCCUGAAAGAUGCCAGGGGAUUCAAAUUGACUUUUACAACAUUGCUGACAAACCAGACACAGGCAAGCGUAUGGAUCGGUCAUGUCCUGGGUAGUGUUUUGGAAGUUGUUAUGAAGACUCUGGUAUCUGAAAAUUUAACAUGUGCGGACGUCCUGGGUCCCUUGGAGUUCCUCUUAGACUCUGAGACCAUAAAGAUUGAAGUGUGGAGAGAAGUGAUCUGCCAAAACAGCUCUACUCUACAGCUAUCUCUGCUGAAGGACUGGCUGCCUUUGAUUCAGAAGACACAAGAGGUGUACUACGCCAUCACGAGCCAAACAGACGACAACGUGACUCUUCCCAUGAUUCUCUCCGAGUGGCACAAGUUGAACAACAAGAGCAUGAAGUUUGGAGAGUUUUUGAACAGACUCGCCGUAGAGCUGGGUGGAGCAUAUUGGAUGAACUGGAUGCCAAACAACACUCAUAAUUUCACUCUUCAACAAAGUGUUUUCUUUUUCAUGGUGAAUUUGGGAGGAAAGAUUGAGGAGAGUCAGCUGUGGCCAGAGGUAAAGAACUACUUCCACAUGCUUUACUGGGUCUUGUCCUACAGCCCGGGUGUCACACCUUCACCUGCAAACUGCUCCGUCAACAGUGAAACCUUAGCCAUUAAUUGCGAUACUGGUUUCAACUGGUCACGGUUUGUUCAAGGAAUGGCUGAGGCUCUGAUGUCAUCAGAUCUAGACGUCCUGGUUAAUUUUCUCAAAGGGACUUUGCAUCUUUUGCAGCACAUGUAUGGCGACAUCUAUAAUUAUCUGAUAGCAUCAUCACUGAAAACAGAAAUCAAAGGUGGAGAUGCCCUCUCCGACUACUUGAUUAACCUGAUGAUAAACCUGGACAAGUUUUUACGGGUUGUCUCCACCCUUCCCAACAGCAGCCUCUCUAACCCGAAUGUUAUGCUUCCCCAACUAAAUAACCUGCUAAAGUCCACAGGUCUUGCACCAAUGCUGCCUCUGUUCCUAAGUGACGGCCCCCUUAAUUUCUCUGCAGUACUUGAUGUUGCCUCAAAGGUUGGCAGGCUCAACCAGCACAUUUUUACCUUCAAUGAGACGGACCCAACAAUGCCUGAGCUUGAGCGGCUGCUAACUAAGUUCCUUUCAUUGCAAGGUGACCUCACCCUGUCACUCAGUCACAUCAUGGGAAACAACCUGCUUACCUAUUCGGACUAUUUUGAUCCAGAUGUUGUGGCCCAACUGAGAAAAGCCAUCAAGCCUUUCACCAACCAAACUUCAUCAGGUAUUGUAGAGACCAUCCUUAGUGCCAUGGAGGUACUAAAGACAGUGACUGAUUCUCCGAACGGCGACCCAACUAAUAUCAUUCUUGGGUACCUACGCCAGCUUCAAGAAUUGGUGAUAUCUAUGUACAGACUACGAAAAAUCGAACAUAUCUUGCCAAGUAUGAGUGCAGGACAAGUCACUGACCUCCAAUUGCUUUCCAAAGACUUUCUCAAACUCUUCACCCCUGAGGGUCUUCAGAACCUGACUCAGGCCGGAACAGAUGCUGCCCAGAACAUUGUUAUCCAGAAAUUUGUAGCAUUCUUACCACUAGCAUUCCAACAAGAAGCUACUCGCUUUCUCAAUGAUUUCAAAGCUCUGCAGUAUUACAUGACAAAAUGUGCAGCAGGGCAGGACUGUUUGGCUGGAAUUUCAGAAAUCCUCUCCUUCCUGGAUCAGAUAUUUGACCUGAUGCUAUCAGCCAACGGUACUGUCACCAUUAAACUAGCUGCCACAAAUGCUUCUCUGGUAGCACAGGAAUAUGAGGAGGUUACAUCCUUUGUCUUCUCACUCCUCCUUGGCCCAAAUGAUUCUGCCACUGUGAAAACAGUCAAACAGACUCUUCAUUUAAUCAGAUUGCUCAUGGCUACACCCAACAUUUCUGUGUCAGAUGUCCAGAAUGCUCUAAGACAGUCAAACCUUACCCUUGAGGAGCUGAAAAACUUUGCAGCACUAGCUGGAGCUGCUGACAUAAACAGCCUGUUGUUAAAUAUAAUGGAGAUUAUUAAUACUCGCCAGUGCUUUGAACCACAGCAGGACCUGAUGGUAACAGCCCAGUGUGUUACAGGGUUGGUUGAGGGUCUCAGCGGUUUUCUGAAACAAGUACCUGGUCUAAGUAAUCAGACGACCAUCCUAUCCCUUAUCCCAUUAAUUGUCAAUACAUCUUUCAGAGAUAUCGUGCAAGCCAACUUCAGUUCCAAACCAAAUGUGAUUGUCACACACUCCUUGAAUAAGACUCUGGCCAUUAUCAAGUUGAGCCUUCAGGCGAAUAACCUGAACUCUCCAGAGAUCAUGAAUGAAAUCCAAGUGGUGGAGCGGCUGAUACAACUGAUUGCCAACAUGGAACCUUUCAACAAUUUAAACACUACCUUGAUGAUGGACCCCAUGUAUGCCCAGAAAGUAUAUUUGGAGAUUAUAGACUGGUACUUGAAAAAAUUGGAAAAUAUCACCAGCAACAGCACGGUCUCUGAGAUUCUCCAGCCAUUUUUUGUCAUGACACAAAUGCAGAUUACAUUACAGCUGGCACAGACAGAUUUUUCUCUGUUUGUCGGUAAACAGAUUGAGCACCUGAUACAAAACCUCCAGUUCCCAAUAGAUGGCGCAGGGCUGAGUAAAAUUGGCCAGACAACGGUUGAGAUUCUCAAGGGCCUACUUGACAUCAUAAAGUUCAAUCUUGAGGCUCAGAAUAACUUGGUGGCUCCAGAGAUGUUGUUCAAUUGUACCACUCUAAAUGCUAUUGAGGCUGAAAUUAAGCGAUACCUAAACCUCACACAGGAGUGGAUGAAACAACCUAAUGUCCCAUUGAUCUUCACCAGCAUGCUUCAAUGGGGGAAUUCUUCCAUAAACAUAUCUACCCCUGUGACAGACAUUCAGCAGCUGCUGCAGACAAUGUCUAUAUUUCUCAGUGAGGGUGAAGUCAUCUAUCUUUCUGCAGUUGUCAAUAUUAUGCGCUCCCUGGAGAAAGCCCUAAUGGUGGCUGAGCGACCAGGGGGCCUUCAGAGUGAUCACUUUGUAGCUGCCAUCGUGGAAGGAGUCAAAAGUACUAUGGCGCUCCUGAUUGGUGCCACAGGCCCCUUGCCGCAAUCGGUACAGCAGGACAUCCUGGACAUUGUGCAGGAUUCAUUGAAGCUCUUUGUCCAGCCAGACAUGAACUUUGACUCAUCACGAAACAUCUCCAUCCUCAUCCUCAAGAGAGCUGAGCGUGUCGUCCAAAUGAUAAUACCAGAAAUGUAUGCUGUAUACCUGCUUCCUGCAAUCAAAGUGGGAACCACAUUCUUUGUGAGCGCCUCAACAGCUAGUGGACCAGACAUCUGGAAUCACAUAAUUUUGAGUGAGAUGAAGACAAUCGAGAGCCUUCUGCCGCCAAACAGCACAGCUCGGGCCUACAUCUCUGUGGUCAUUAACAUCACUCGCUCCAUCCUGGAGUCAGGCCAAGGUAAUAUGAGUCUCUGGGCACGUUUUGAGAAGGCAUCCCUAGAAGAUGUUCCUAUGCUUAUUGGCGAGCUGGGAAAACUUUUCAGCAUUUUCUUCACGGGAAUGCCAGACUUACAGCAGAUGAUUGCUUCAUCUAUAGAGGUCUUCACUCACCUGGAGAAAGCCCUAAUGGUGGCUGAGCGACCAGGGGGCCUUCAGAGUGAUCACUUUGUAGCUGCCAUCGUGGAAGGAGUCAAAAGGCAGCUUGGACAGCACAUAUCUCCACCAAGGCUAAUGCCCUAUCUCACCAUUUUUAAGAAAGAAAUUUUGAGUGAGAUGAAGACAAUCGAGAGCCUUCUGCCGCCAAACAGCACAGCUCGGGCCUACAUCUCUGUGGUCAUUAACAUCACUCGCUCCAUCCUGGAGUCAGGCCAAGGUAAUAUGAGUCUCUGGGCACGUUUUGAGAAGGCAUCCCUAGAAGAUGUUCCUAUGCUUAUUGGCGAGCUGGGAAAUCUUUUCAGCAUUUUCUUCACGGGAAUGCCAGACUUACAGCAGUUGAUUGCUUCAUCUAUAGAGGUCUUCACUCACCUGUCCCCUUUCCUGGAGCAGUUGAUGAGUGGCAAGGCUGACCAACACACCCUUGAAAAGAUGCUUCAAGCCCUACUCUCAUCCCUCGAGGGAACUGAGCUGUGGCACAAUGUCUCAUCUGUCGUCCCACUGUUUGAGAAAAUCAUAGGGAGUUUGGUGAACAACACACAAGCAGAGAAUGUGAUGUUACUAAGCCUACAGACUCCCGUGGUCACCUUGAUGAGGGAAGUUGCACUUUCUGUGAAUUCCAGUCAUUUCAACCUGUCGGAGGUCACGGAAAGAAUCCCGGCUGCCAUUGAGCACACGGUGCAAGUGGCUCAGCAGGCUAAUGGCACACUGGGGUGCAAUGAAGCUCUCAGCGCAUGGGAGCCGGUCAGUGAGGCAGCCGGGUUGAGCCCUGCCACCAUGGCUAUGUGGUGCAACAUCAGCCUGCAGCCUGUUAUUGAGGCCUAUGCUGCAGCUAUAACUCUCUACUCCCACAUUAACAUAACUCACAUGGGCGUGGGGCCGACGACUGUGAAUGCCACUGCUGCCAGGAUUGCCGAGACCAUGCAGGCUCUGUACCACGUCAUUGUCAACCAAUCACUUGUGACAGAGCAGCUUAUCUCAGCUUUCUCCAAGCAGCUCUCGACGCUGGCAGGCCAGCCUCUGAGCCCGCAGGCGCAGCUUUACUGGAACAAGCAGCUCCAGGACAUACAGUUACAGAACAGCUUGUCUUCAAUCAAAAUGCUCACAGACGAGCUGAGUAAAGAGGCCCCCUCCCUCCAGCCGUACAUCGAGGCACUAGAGAAAGCAGUGCGUUACUUCAUCAGCAAUGCCCCUCUCCUUCAAAACAGCAGCACCUCCCAGGACCUCCUCAAACAGACAGCGAUGAUCUUCCUAACCUCUGCCAACAUCACCACAGGUGACAUCUUCUCCACGAUGUUGGGGAACAUUUCCGGACUCAACGAGGCGUCCAUUAUCAACACGAUGAGAGAAGUUGUCAAACUCAUGACUGAGCUGAAACUACUUGGUGAUGACCCCAUGGUUUACCAAGCCCUGGAGCAAAUCCUGGCAUCCAACGACACAGCUCUGAUUGUGCGGAAGGUUUUGGAGAUGACUACGUGGUUGGGCUCCACUCGAGCGUCCGGAUUGGAUCUGCUGAUGCAGGUGCUGCACAGAAUGUAUGACAUCCUCAGGUCCAUCUUGUCCCUCCUGACCAAGCUGGGAGUGCAAAUGCCGGAAAACUCUGAGCUGUUCAAGGACCUAGCCGGGAACGUCAUAGCAAUGCUGAGGCAGUUGUUGAGCACCCCUGGUCUUCUGUCUCCUAUGCAUCAGCAGCUGGGAAUGUCAAGGCCAGAAAUGACCGGCGGUAACCAUUCAGUGAUGGUCCGACACAGACGCGAGGCCCUGAUGAUGCCAAUGAGGGACCCCAUGGAUGACUUCAUUGACUUGUUCUUCAUUGACUACCCCUCCAUGUUCAGAGCCAUCUCCGUUCCUCCCACCUCAGGAGAAAUCUUGGAGACAGUCCACAUGUUCUUUGCCAAUCCUGAUCUGAGUGUUGUGUUGAAGGGAGUUACGAGGGACGUGCCAUGGGGCUUGAAUGCCUCUCGGGAAGAGACCAUUAAUGCUGCUCUUGAGGGGCUCUCCUUCUUCACAUUAUCCAGUGCAUUUCAGAUGUCAUCGAUGGAUCUCCUGACGAGUGCUGUUGAUAAGCUUCCAGAUGCCAUUCCAUUCUCCCCUGUGUUAAAAAAUAUCACCCGGAUUCUGGCCAAUGAGUCUCAAGGCGCACAGUCUGCCAGCCUGUGCCACUAA